UCUUCUGUUCUACAAAAGCCGAAGCGUGCUUCCUCUGCCUAGCACCUCGACCAUCGCGCUCACAACCACCACUGCCUCUGCAAUUACCUUUCAAAAGACUACUCUGCACGCUUCUUCCUCUGAUAGACACUCUCAUUUUCAUACGUUCUUCAACUCACAUCACAAUGGCCACCGAGCUCACUCCUUCGAAGCAGGCCGCUUCCGCCAUUGACUCUUUCAAGAUGGAGUCGCCCGUCAAGAAGCUCGAUUUCAAGAACGCCGACAAAGAAAACAACCCCACCACCGAGAAAUCAUUGUCCGAGCGGAUGGACAGCUACAAGUCCUUGGUCGAGGAAGCGAAAAAGGUUGAGGAGACAAAGAAGGUCGAGAAGACCGAGUCCAAGCCUGCUGUCGCUCCCGGCAUCAAGGCCGAAGAGUGUGACGAGCCCAUUCUCCAGGAGAACCCUGGGCGAUUCGUCCUCUUCCCCAUCAAGUAUCACGAGAUCUGGCAAAUGUACAAGAAGGCUGAGGCCUCUUUCUGGACCGCCGAGGAGAUUGAUCUGUCCAAGGAUCUUCACGACUGGAACAACCGCAUCAACGAUGAUGAGAAGUACUUCAUCUCUCACAUUCUCGCCUUCUUUGCCGCCUCGGACGGCAUCGUCAACGAGAACUUGGUCGAGCGCUUCAGCGGUGAGGUCCAGAUCCCUGAGGCUCGCUGCUUCUACGGUUUCCAAAUCAUGAUGGAGAACGUCCAUUCCGAGACAUACUCGCUCCUGAUCGACACAUACGUGAAGGAGCAGGCUCAACGCCAGUACCUCUUCAACGCCAUUGAGACCAUUCCUUGCAUUCGCAAGAAGGCCGAUUGGGCCGUCCGCUGGAUUCAGGACAAGGAUUCCACAUUUGCCCAGCGCCUUGUUGCCUUCGCCGCUGUUGAGGGUAUCUUCUUCAGUGGAGCCUUCGCGUCCAUCUUCUGGCUCAAGAAGCGUGGCCUCAUGCCCGGCCUGACCUUCUCCAACGAGCUCAUCUCGCGUGAUGAGGGUCUGCACACUGACUUUGCUUGCCUGCUCCACUCGCACCUGAAGAACCGCGCCAGCAAGGAGAUGAUCAAGUCGAUCAUCACCGACGCCGUCACAAUCGAGCAGGAGUUCCUCACCGAGGCCCUCCCCUGCGCUCUCCUCGGCAUGAACGCCAACUUGAUGAAGCAGUACAUUGAGUUCGUGGCCGACCGCCUCCUGGUUGCCUUUGGCAACGACAAGAUCUACAACUCAUCCAACCCCUUCGACUUCAUGGAGAACAUCUCCCUGGGAGGCAAGACCAACUUCUUCGAGAAGCGCGUCGGCGAGUACCAGAAGGCCGGUGUCAUGAACAGCACAAACAAGAAAGAAGAGGCUGCCGCAGGUGCCAGCGAAAACAAGGAAGGGGGCGACUUCAGCUUCGAUGAUGACUUCUAAGUGUAUCGCGCACUUUUCUGACACGAAGUUGUCAUUCCGUAUAUACCCAUUUGUUGUUGUCGAUUGUACAUUGCGGCGCGACGAGCCAAGGUCGCUCUGUUGCGGAGAAGGGUUGCUUUUUGUCUACAGGUACAGCAGGGAGACGGCGAUCCCCAUGGCGUUUCGGGUGUUGAUUUACGAAUUGGGUAACCGGCACGCUUGCGAUGGAUGAUGAUGGAAUACUCCGGUUUUAGAGUACAUUUUAAGAUAAUGCGAACCUCAUGUGAACUGAGCA